UCUUAUAAUUGAUUAUUUACCUUCUGGAAACCUCUCUUUCCUCCUGUCAUAAGUGAGAGAAAAUGGACUAAACAGCCUCCUCUGUUUCCAGUAUCCUGUGGUUCUGUGGGAAAAACUAUGUAAAUGUGCCCCCCCCACCCCCCACACACAGCUUAGGUAAAAACAGUGCCCAAGUUUGGGAAUAUUUGCAGAUACUGUCCUGAUGGUAAUUCUGUCAAUUUCUGGUUUCCAGCUAGCUGUUUAACUUCUGACGGUGAUUCAUGGAUAUUGAUGGUGAAUGGAUGUUUGUUGAAUGAGUGAAUUCUCAUGCCUGAAACAAAACGUUAGCUGUGUGACUUCCAAUGCAUUGCACUAACCCAGCUCUGAUUUUCUUGAUAGAUGAGCUCUCUCCGGAACAGCACAACCUUUCUUUAUACUCCGUGGAGCUCGUGCUGAAGAAAAGCACUGGACACAGCGCUGCACAAGUGGCCUUAACAGAAACUGCUCCCGGGUCCCAGUACAGCAGUCCUCUCCAUGUCACAGCCCCGCCAUCUGCCGCUACUUUUGAUACAGCCUUUUUUAGCCAAGGAAAACAGACUGAAAGUACAGCAGAUCACAGCAUCUUUGUGGCAGCUUACGUGUCAGUGACGAGUAAUGAGGUGGCUGUUGAUGACGAUGAGAUGGAUAACUUUCUGCCGGAUACUCACUGGACCACUCCACGGAUGGUUUCUCCAAUACAGUAUAUCACAGUCAGCCCACCGGGGCUGCCCGGGGAAGCGUUAGAACCUGUGCUCACUCCAUCAUUACCCAUGGUUUCUUUACAAGAUGAAGAAGUGACAUCGGGCUGGCAGAACACAACACAACAACCAGCGGCAUAUGCUGAGUCCGCCAGUCUUUUCCACACCUUUCGGUCAGCUUUUCGCACCUCUGAGGGCAUCGUUCCAACUCCUGGCAGGAAUUUGGUGCUUUAUCCUACUGACGCUUACAGUCAUUUAUCAAGCAGGACUCUGCCAGAGAUUGUGGCUUCCCUAACAGAGGGUGUGCAAACCACCGUUUUUUUUAGCUCCUGGUCUUUAAUGCCGCAGCCGUUAGGUGAUGGCAUUACUAUACCUUUUCCCUCCUUGGGGGAGGUCUCACAACCUCCAGAGGAGGUUUGGGCCACAAGUGCAGACAGAUACCCUGAUGUGACCACCAUGUUGAGUCAAAGCCUAGAAGAAACCAUCUCUCCAAGAACAUACCCUACUGUGACUGCAUCGCACGCAGCCCUUGAAUUCAGCAGGGCACAUUCUGCAUUGCUUUCAACUCCUGUUGCGUUUGCGUCCUUCUCUGCUCCACCAACUGAUGUUUCAUCUAACCCCUUUCUCCCUAGCGACUCCAGCAAGACAUCAGAAUGGCUUAGCAAUUCGGCCCUCCCCGGUCCUGUGGACAACACUCAUAUCCUGAGCCCGGUGUCCUCAUUCAGACCAUACACUUGGUGCGCGGCCUGCACUGUGCCUUCACCUCAGCAAGUUCUGGCCACGAGCCUCAUGGAGAAAGACGUGGGAUCAGGGGAUGGUGCCGAGACUCUGUCCAUGACCGUGCUGGAAGAAAGCAGCGUCUCUCUAAUGAGUAGCGUCGUAGCAGACUUCUCUGAAUUUGAGGAAGAUCCUCAAGUAUUUAAUACGCUUUUCCCCUCCAGACCUAUGGUCCCACUUUCUUCUAGAUUCAUGGAAAUCUCAGAGACGAGUGUUGGCAUUUCUGCCGAGGUGGAUAUGAGUAGCGUUACAGCCACACAGGUUCCCCCUGCCCGCGGCCGCCUCUCUGUGCCAGCAUCACUUGAUCCUACUGCUGGCUCCUCGUCUGUUGCUGAAACCCAAGUGAUGCCAUCCCGUGUGACCACUGCAUUUUUCUCCGUCAUCACCAGCAUUCUCCUUGACUCAUCUUUCUCUGUCAUAGCAAACAGAAACACACCGUCGCCUGCCGUCAGAGACCCGAGUGUUUUUAUGCCUUCCAGUCUGCUUCCUUCAGUGGAGUCUUCACGUUUCUCUGACCAAGAACCUUCCAGUUUUUCUGAGCAUCAACCUGGAGGUGCUUUGGAUUUUGCAUCCAGCUUUUUCUCAACACCCCCGCUGGAACUCAGCGGCUCCGUCCCUUCGCCUUCGGAAGCGCCUGCGUCUCUGUCUCCGAUGCCGAGUGACUUGUCUCCCUUCACGUCUCAGUCUUUUUCUACCUUGGUUGAGACAUUUACGUUGUUCAGCUCUAGUGGUCUGCAGUCGUCUCAGCUGUCUCUUCCCAGUUCCUCAAAUCUUGAGUUUUCGCAGCUCCAGCCAAGCUCCGAGCUGCCUUUAAACACCGUCACUUUCCUACCUAGCCGUUCUGGGGCGUCACCGUGGUCAAGCUUGCCUUCUGAUUCUCUCGAGUUUGUUGAAGCGUCUGUGGUUUCACUGAGGGAUUCAGAAGCUCAUUUUACCUCAGCUUUCACUGAAACUACCUCCUAUCUUGAGUCUUCACUCGUUUCCCGCGAAUCCGCAGUCACCGCACUGGUGCCCCCCAGCUCCGAGUCUUUGGACAUUUUGACGGCUGGGAUUCAAGCAACAUCACCAUUGACCACUGUGCACACAGCGCCCAUUUUAACUGAGUCUUCUUUGUUCUCAACUCUGACACCUCCUGACGACCAAAUCAGUGAUCUAGACGGUCAUGUGUCUGUCCUGGCCUCUUUCUCCAAAGCCAUUCCCACUGGUACAGUGUUGAUCACUGACACGUACCUGCCAUCAGGAUCCUCAUUUGUUUCUGAAGCAACCCCCUUCCCUCUGCCCACAGAGCUGACCGUCGUGGGCCCAUCACUCACACCCACAGAGGUGCCACUGAACACCUCCACGGAAGUGAGCACAGCCAGCUCCGGUGCUGCCACUGGUGGUCCCCUCGACUCCGCCGUGAUGAGCGACACCGCAAGUCAGAGCCCCCCAGAGGGCAGCGCUGCUCCUCCCCUGCCGUCCCUGCAUCCCGUGACCGCCUUCACUCUCGAAGCAACAGUCGACACGCCAACACUGGCCACCUCCAAGCCGCCAUAUGUUUGUGAUAUCACAGUCCCCGAUGCCUAUCUGAUCACAACUGUGCUGGCCAGAAGAGCUGUGCAGGAGUACAUCAUUACAGCAAUCAAAGAAGUACUGAGGAUUCACUUCAACCGUGCAGUGGAACUGAAGGUUUACGAACUAUUUACUGACUUCACUUUUCUGGUAACAUCCGGUCCUUUUGUUUACACGGCAAUAUCAGUCAUAAAUGUGCUUAUAAACAGUAAGCUUGUGCGUGACCAGACUCCUUUAAUCCUGUCUGUGAAACCUUCUUUCCUUGUGCCAGAGUCCAGGUUCCAAGUUCAAACAGUACUUCAGUUUGUGCCUCCGAGUGUGGAUACUGGCUUCUGCAACUUCACCCAGCGCAUCGAGAAAGGCCUAAUGACAGCUCUCUUUGAAGUGAGGAAACACCACCAGGGAACAUAUAACCUCACUGUGCAGAUCUUGAAUAUCACCGUCAGUUCCUCCAGGGUGACUCCUCGGCGGGGCCCGGUGAAUAUCAUCUUUGCGGUUAAAAGCACACAGGGAUUUUUGAAUGGAUCAGAAGUGAGCGAGCUGCUCAGGAACUUGAGUGUGGUGGAGUUCAGUUUCUAUCUGGGAUACCCAGUACUGCAGAUCGCAGAGCCCUUCCAGUAUCCACAGCUCAACUUAUCUCAGUUGCUGAAGUCCUCCUGGGUCCGAACAGUUCUCUUGGGCGUCGUGGAGAAGCAACUCCAGAAUGAAGUGUUUCAAGCCGAGAUGGAACGCAAGCUGGCCCAGCUGCUCAGCGAGGUUUCCACCAGAAGGCGGAUGUGGAGAAGGGCCACUGUAGCUGCAGGGAACAGCGUGGUGCAGGUGGUAAAUGUGUCGAGGCUGGAGGGAGAUGACAAUCCUGUACAGCUCAUCUACUUUGUGGAGGAUCAAGAUGGAGAAAGACUCAGUGCAGUCAAGUCUUCGGACUUGAUUAACAAGAUGGACCUCCAGAGAGCAGCCAUUAUCUUGGGUUACCGAAUUCAAGGUGCCAUAGCCCAGCCUGUGGACAGGGUGAAGAGGCCGUCUCCGGAAUCCCAGAGCAACAACUUGUGGGUCAUUGUUGGUGUGGUCAUCCCGGUGCUGGUGGUGAUGGUGAUUGUUGUCAUCCUCUACUGGAAACUCUGCCGCACGGACAAGCUGGACUUUCAGCCUGACACUGUGGCCAACAUUCAGCAGCGUCAGAAGCUGCAGAUCCCAAGUGUGAAGGGCUUCGAUUUUGCUAAGCAGCAUCUGGGUCAGCACAAUAAAGACGACAUCUUGAUUAUUCAUGAGCCAGCGCCACUGCCAGGACCUCUGAAGGACCACACCACGCCCUCGGAAAAUGGGGAUGUGCCAAGCCCCAAGUCAAAGAUGCCUUCCAAGAACGUCCGUCACAGAGGAAGGUUAUUAUUGGGCUUUCUGUAUUAUUCUUUGUGGCAGAGCAUGCUUCUGUUAUCAGGCUGUGAGUUUCUGAUGCCACAGGGGCUAAUGGUGAGUGCGGCCCUGCAUGUGUCUGCAGCCCGGGAGACCGAUGACUUGCCCAAAGUCACACAUGAGCCCAAUAGUGUUUCCGAGCCACUCUCACGGGCUGUCAGAGAAGGCUUCUAUGAACAGUUCAGUGAGGAUGAAGCAAGGGCCGUGACUACAGUGGGAGGGGGGCCACCACUGCCCAGUUCGGGAAACGAGCAGCACUCAUCAGCCUCCAUCUUCGAGCACGUGGACAGGAUCUCCCGCCCCCCGGAGGCUAGCCGGCGGGUCCCCAGUAAGAUCCAGCUCAUUGCCAUGCAGCCGAUCCCGGCACCUCCCGUCCAGCGCCCCUCUCCAGCCGACCGAGUGGCAGAAACCAAUAAAAUCAACAAAGAGAUUCAGACUGCGCUGCGGCACAAGUCUGAGAUCGAGCACCAUCGCAACAAGAUCCGCCUGCGUGCCAAGCGCCGCGGGCACUACGAGUUCCCGGUGGUGGACGACCUGUCCUCGGGUGACACCAAGGAGCGACACCGGGUGUACCGCAGGGCGCAGAUGCAGAUCGACAAGAUCCUGGACCCCACGGCCAGUGUGCCCUCCGUGUUCAUAGAGCCCAGGAAGAGCUCACGGAUAAAACGUUCUCCCAAGCCUCGCCGGAAACACCAGGUCAAUGGCUGUCCUGCCGACGCUGAGAAGGACCGGCUCAUCACCACAGACAGCGACGGCACCUACAGGAGGCCCCCCGGCGUCCACAACUCGGCCUACAUCGGAUGCCCAUCGGAUCCUGACCUCCCAGCCGAUGUGCAGACACCAUCCUCGGUGGAACUGGGGAGAUAUCCAGCCCUUCCUUUCCCGGCCUCCCAGUACAUCCCACCCCAGCCGUCCAUCGAGGAGGCACGCCAGACCAUGCACUCCCUCCUGGACGACGCCUUUGCCCUCGUGGCCCCCAGCAGCCAGCCUGCCAGCGCCGCAGGCGUGGGCCCCGGAGUCCCACCUGGCCUGCCCGCAAACAGCACCCCUUCCCGGGAAGAGAGGCGAACCACGCAGUGGGGGUCCUUCUACAGCCCAGCCCAGACGGCCAACAACCCCUGCAGUAGAUAUGAAGAUUAUGGAAUGACUCCCCCAACAGGUCCAUUGCCAAGACCAGGUUUUGGCCCCGGUUUGCUGCAGUCUUCAGAGCUGGUGCCCCCUGACCCCCAGCAGCCACAGGCGUCCGCUGAAGCCCCAUUUGCUGCCAGAGGGAUCUACUCGGAGGAGAUGCCGUCGGUGGCCCGGCCUCGGCCUGUCGGGGGUACCACAGGCUCCCAGAUCCAGCACCUGACACAGGUGGGGCUUGCCAGCAGAAUCGGAGCUCAGCCAGUGGAAAUCCCCCCAAGCAGAGGCAGCCAGUACGGGGGGCCAGGCUGGCCUUCAUACGGGGAGGACGAAGCAGGGCGAAGAGAGGCCACACACAUGCUCGGACAUCAAGAGUAUUCUUCUUCACCGCUAUUUCAGGUGCCAAGGACUUCAAGCAGGGAGCCCUCAGCUCCUCCCGGGAACCUCCCCCACCGGGGGCUGCAGGGCCCUGGGCUGGGUUACCCCACCAGCUCCACGGAAGACCUCCAGCCCGGCCACUCCUCAGCCUCUCUCAUCAAAGCGAUCCGCGAGGAGCUCCUCCGGCUCUCCCAGAAACAGAGCACCGUGCAGAACUUCCAUAGCUGAUCGGCCUCGCCUCGCAGAUUUGCCAAGUAUCCGCUUCCCGUGGAAGCAAGACCAAAAGGAAAUCAACUGAGUGGGUGUUUGGAAGAGGAAGGAGCAACUCCUGGGCAGCCUGCCUAAGGGAGGGAGCAAGUUGCAAUUUAGAAGAUGCCAUAUGUCACAUGACAGCUCACGAGCCUUUCACUGGGCUGGCAGUUGACCACUUGGGUUCGGUUGAAAUGUACGUAUUUUGGCCAAAAGCCAGCAGCACUUCACAAAAACAAAACACAAACCUAAGCUAACAAAACGACUGCAUUCGUCUCUUUUUUAAAGGCAGAGAUUGAACUUAUAGACAGCAUAGGGAUGAAAGGAACCAAGCGUUCCUGUGGCAUUGAGACUGGUACGUGUACGAUGAACCUGCUGCUUUGUUUUCUGAAAAGAGGUUUGAAGACAUUUUAUUAACAGCUUGAUUUUUCUCUUUUACUCCAUAGGAACUUAUUUUAAUAGUAACAUUAACAACGAGAAUACUAAGACUGUUUGGGAAUUUUAAAAAGCUACUAGUGAGAAACCAAAUGAUAGGUUGUAGAGCCUGAUGACUCCAAACGAAGCCAUCACCCACAUUCUUCCUCCUUAUUCUGGUGCUAAGCUCCAAGGACCCUUCACCUUCAUGUCUGAAACGCAACUUUGGCUUUUUCAGUGGAAGAAUAUGUUGAAGGUUUCAUUUUGUUCUAGAAAAAAAAAAAAAAUCCCUCCCAAAGCGGGGCAAAAAGCUUUAUAUUUAUUUGGUUAUCCAAAAUACAGAUCAAAGUUGAGAUCUACGUUCUUCAUUGUAUUUGCUGUUUCUUAAUUGGGCAUAUACAACUCCUGGUCACGUCCCAGGUCAGCACCCAUCGCUCAGGCCAAUCCUGUAGAAUGAGGCUUUCAAGCGGUCCUCACUGAUCCUUUCUUCCACUUUGCUGUUGAUUUGUUCACAGAUUAUGUUUGAAUGAGAAAUCUUCCGUAAGCAAAAGUUAUUUAAGAAUUCCCAGCACCACCACAUUGUUACACAUACAUCCCUACCAGUCACAUUCCCUGUGUUCAGAGCCUGGAAAUGAAAUUGAGUUCAGUUCAGCCUCUGUGUAAUGAAUCAAGAAAUGUAAAAGAGCUUUGAGACCACAAGGGAAA